AUGCCCCGCUCACGGCAACCCGCUCGGUUCUCGAGCGAAGCUCCUUCCGAGUCGUCAUCCUCGUCAUCCCCGGACCGGAACGCUGAUGACGACACCGAUUUCUUCACAGCCCAGGCAAAUGAUUCGCAAUCGUCCGUUGGCGGCAUCGCAACCUCCCGCGACGUACACGCACAAAAUGAGCAGUACGUGCUCCCGCCGAUCGGCCGUCUUCCCCCGGAAAUCCUGAUCGCCAUAUUUGCAAAGCUCAGCUCGCCAGCCGACAUGUUGAGCUGCAUGUUGGUAUGUCGAGGAUGGGCUGCUAAUUGUGUUGGAAUACUAUGGCACCGACCGUCUUGCAGCAACUGGGUCAAUAUGAAGAGCAUUACGACGACAGUUGGGAAAGAAGACAGCUUCUUCUCGUACUCCGAUCUGAUCAAGAGGUUGAAUCUUUCUGCCCUGAUGGCGGAAGUCAGCGACGGCACUCUUGUACCCUUCGCACAAUGUAACCGGAUCGAGCGGUUGACUUUGACCAACUGCUCGAAACUGACAGACAAGGGAGUGUCGGAUCUAGUGGAAGGCAAUCGGCAUUUGCAAGCCCUAGAUGUCUCGGAUCUGCGUUCCCUUACGGAUCACACUUUAUACACUGUGGCCAGGAACAGUCCUCGGCUCCAGGGGCUCAACAUCACCAACUGUAUCAAAGUGACAGAUGAUUCGUUAAUUGUCGUAUCGGAGAACUGUCGACACAUCAAAAGAUUGAAACUCAACGGUGUUAUACAAGUUACGGACAGAGCGAUUACAUCGUUUGCUCGGAACUGUCCGGCUAUCCUGGAGAUCGACCUGCACGACUGCAAAUCUGUCACCAAUCGCUCUAUAACUUCCCUCAUGGCUACCCUUCCCAACCUCCGCGAACUACGGCUCGCGCAUUGCACAGAGAUAGACGAUCUAGCCUUCCUAGAACUCCCAAAGCAACUCUCUAUGGACAGCCUCCGUAUACUUGAUUUGACAGCGUGUGAGCACAUCAGAGACGAUGCUGUAGAGCGCAUAGUUAGCUCGGCUCCUCGCCUACGAAAUCUUGUGCUUGCCAAAUGUAAAUUUAUCACCGACCGUGCAGUGGGGGCUAUAUGCAAGUUGGGAAAGAACCUGCAUUACGUUCACCUGGGCCACUGCUCGAACAUCACCGAUGCGGCUGUGAUCCAGCUUGUGAAGUCCUGCAACCGGAUCAGAUACAUUGAUUUGGCUUGUUGCGUUCGUCUGACGGACCGCAGUGUUCAGGAGUUAGCAACGUUGCCGAAACUGCGGCGGAUCGGUCUGGUCAAGUGCACUUUGAUCACCGAUCACAGUAUCUUGGCACUAGCGCGGCCAAAGGCCUCGCCCCAUUCAUCCAUCAGUAGCCUGGAGAGAGUCCAUUUAAGCUAUUGUGUUAACUUGACCAUGCCUGGAAUCCACGCUCUACUCAACAAUUGUCCUCGACUCACUCACCUCAGUCUGACCGGGGUGCAGGAGUUCCUACGGGAUGAGCUUACGAAGUUCUGUCGUGAUGCACCUCCGGAAUUCACGCAUCAGCAGCGGCAAGUGUUCUGUGUAUUCAGCGGUGACGGCGUCAAGCAACUCCGCGACCACCUGAACCGAACUGUCCCUCCGGCCCGGGAGAUGAACGAGGCUACCAUGUAUGACGACGACGAAGAAUUAGACGAGGACGAGGGUCAAGUGACUGGCCUGAUGCAUGCGACAGCAAUUAACGACGACGAUGACGACUAUAUUGACAUUGGACAUCCUCAAGCGUCGUCACUCGCUCCUGGGCUGGACCCCUUGAAAAGAGGCCGACAUCUGAUGGCUUCUCUCCGAUUGCCGCGGGCCAACCCACUGGCAUUCACCCGCUGGCCUGUUACUAUUAUCACCGCGAUCGUUUAUCUGGCGUUGCUGAUCCCGUUGCUGGUCGUGCACCAUGUUGUACCUUCCGCUCCCAGCUCCCCGCCUAGCGGUCUGAACAUUUCGGAAGCUUGGGCUGAUCUUCAAGUCCUAACGAACGGCUUCCAUCCAUACAAUUCGCGUCGAAAUGAUGCCAUCCACUCUUGGUUACUGAGGCGGAUUAACGAGAUCCUGGACGCCACGCCUUCGGACCAGGAGUACCGAGCUUUGGACGAGGAUAAGCCGGAUGUCUUUGUCUUCGAUGACGUGUACUCGAACCUGACCACUUAUGGGGGUACCCUGAAGGAUGCAGACCUCGGCGUCUAUUUCGAAGGGACCAAUAUCAUCGUUUAUAUCCGUGGGUGGGAAGACGAGACAGAACAUUGGUGGGAAGCACCGAACGGGGUGCCGAUGAGUAGGGGAGGCGUGCUUGUGAACUCGCACUACGAUAGUGUCUCGACCGGUUUCGGGGCCACCGACGAUGGCGUCGGCGUUGUCACUUGCCUUCAGCUCGUUAAGUAUUUCACUACGCCGGGACAUGCUCCGCGGCGAGGUCUUGUGGUGCUGUUCAACAAUGGCGAAGAAGAUUUCCUGAAUGGUGCGCGCGUGUACAGUCAACACCCGAUCUCGAAGUUACCUCAUACUUUCCUUAACCUGGAGGGCGCGGGAGCUGGUGGACGGGCGACUCUGUUCCGGAGCUCCGAUUUCGAGGUCACGGGCCCGUAUAUGCGGUCGCCGCAUCCUUUCGGAUCGGUGCUCAGUGCUAAUGGAUUUGAUAUCGGAUUGAUCGCUAGUCAGACGGACUAUGUGGUUUUUCAAGGGAAUAUGGGCUUGCGUGGCCUAGAUGUUGCCUUCAUGGAGCCCAGAGCGAGGUAUCAUACGAAUCAGGAUGAUACUCGACAUACGAGCAAGGACUCGGUCUGGCAUAUGCUGUCGGCGGCUGUUGCUACGACUGAGGGACUUGUAUCCGACUCGACCGAUCGUUUCGACGGUUCGCCGAACACUGAUGGGGGCGUUCCCAGUGGAUCUGGCUCCAAGGCUGUCUGGUUUGACCUGUUCGGAAGCACUUUUGUGGUCUUCCAGCUUCACACGCUGUUUGCACUGCUGGUGACACUGCUUAUCGUCGGCCCCCUUACUUUACUCUUUACGAGCAUCGCCCUUACAAAAGCGGACAAGAUGUAUCUGUUCAGGUCAUCGGCGAAGUCUGAAGACCAUUUCGACGUGGUGCCCCUGCAGGGACUUCGAGGCUUCUUCCGCUUUCCGUUCCUCUUUGGAAUCCCGACCGUCGUCGCGGUGGGCCUGGCGUAUUUGGUUACCAAGGUCAAUCCGUACAUCAUUCAUAGUAGCGCUUAUGCGGUCUGGAGCAUGAUGGCGGCUGCUUGGGUCUUUUUGGCCUGGUUCGUUUCCCGUGUGGCCGACUUUGCUCGCCCGUCGGCCUUCCAUCGUAUCUACACCCUCACCUGGAUGUACAUUCUCUCCUGGGUUUCUGCGGUGAUUGCAACUGUGUAUGCAAACCAAAGGGGUCUGGCUGGUGGGUAUUUCGUCUUCUUUUUCCAUGCUGGUAUCUUCUUAGCCACGUGGAUCUCCUACCUGGAGCUCUUUGCCCUGCCGUCCAAAACCGAGUAUGCGAACCAGCUCAGGCCAGCUUCAGGACGGGUCAGUGGCCACGGGAGCCGCCGGGGUACGACUUCUGGCGAGGACGAUGGAGAGGAGGCGGAAGAAGAGCCAACGGAGUCAACGUCCCUGCUGGGCAGUGGGCAGCGGACUACGUUUGCAAACUAUGUGCGAGUUGGGGGAGAUAAUCAUGCGUUGGCAGACGAGGAGGUGGUCGAUCCCAACGUCUAUGGCCGCGAACAAGCCUGGAGUUCUGCUUUGCCCAAGUGGACGUGGAUCUUGCAGCUUCUUCUCACUGCUCCGAUUACCCUUAUCAUGGUCGGGCCCCUUGCGCUCCUGACGAUCAGUGCCAUCAGCCAGACAGGACAGGACGGCGGUUAUCCGCUUUUCGCCUACGUCGCCAUCGCCAUAUUCACGACGAUUCUGCUCACGCCGCUUCUACCCUUCAUCCACCGGUAUACCUACCACAUCCCCUUGUUCCUAUUGGCGGUCUUUCUGGGUACCCUGAUCUACAACCUCGUGGCUUUUCCCUUCUCAGAUUCCAGCCGGUUGAAACUUUACUUCGUACAGGAGGUCGACCUCGAUACUGGCGUCAACCGCGCCACCUUUGCCGGGCUUUCUCCCGCCGCCGGCCAAGACAUAGCCUGUGACUGGCACACUAAGAGGAGGAACCUGCUGUCCUGCUCCUGGGAAGGAAUUGCUCCGCAGCCAGUGGAGGGCGACUACCCGAUGAAAGACUGGCCGCAAGCUCGGUUCGAGGUGUCUGGACUGAACACGCGGGCAUGCAGGAUCGUCUUCGACACGCCAGUGAAGAACUUCCACGUUGCCGGAUCUGCAUAUGACCCGCGCUUCCCGUAUGACGCGGCUGGCAACCAAUGGACGGUGGAUGUGGACUGGGACGAGGGUGCGCUGAAAGGCCAUGUCGUCUGUCUGUGGAGCGAUCAUAACCAGCCGGGGUUUGCGCCGGUGUGGGCGGCCGUGACUAAAGUGAGCGAUGGGCUUGUGGAGGGCCGUCGUGCAUUUGAGAUCGGCAAUAAUGAUUGA